GGACAGAUCACUCGGCCUCCUCCUAGGUCCGGGCGUCAGGCCAGCCCCAUCACGCAUAGCGACAGCGGUAGAGCGAGCCCAGUCCGAAACGGAAGAAACCAAGCGCAAACCAACGCCGAACCAGCAGAGGCGCAGACGGACAGGCACUUCACUGGCUUCUGCUACCGUGCCGCUCCUCCGUCUCCCGCUACAAAAUAUUUCACGGGAGACCCUGCUCUCUCCGAUUCCGGCGUCCACUCGUCGCUCACGGAAACCGCUCGGAGCCCGACGCCGCGAGAUCACCGGCCAGCCUCGCGCUCGACACGGGAGAGGCGAGGCGGUCGAGUGGCCCACCCUACGCCGCUCUGACAGUGAGCAAUGGCGGCAGCGUCGAGGAAAGAGGAGGAGAGGAACGAGCGAGUCGUGCGGGGGCUCCUCAAGCUGCCACCCAACCGCAGAUGCGUCAACUGCGACGGACUCGGGCCGCAGUACGUGUGCACCAGCUUCUGGACCUUCAUCUGCGUCUCCUGCAGCGGCAUCCACCGAGAGUUCACGCACCGUGUGAAAUCCGUCUCCAUGUCAACGUUCAGCACGCAAGAGGUCGAGGCUCUCCAGAAGGGUGGGAACCAGCGUGCCAAGGAAUCAUUCCUGAAGGAUUUCGAUACCCAGAAAAUGAGGCUACCUGAUAGCAGCAACUCCGGCAGUCUUAGGGACUUCAUAAAAGCUGUCUAUGUGGAGCGAAGGUAUGCUGGCGGUAGAUUUUCUGAAAGGCCUCCAAGAGACAAACAGAACCAAAAGGCCCAUGAAGAAGAGCAUAGAAGGCCAAAUUCCUACCAUUCAUUUUCACAGAGCCCACCUUAUGAUUAUCAGUAUGAAGAGGGGCGCAAUGGCAAGCGAUCUGCAUUUCUAAGUAGGAAGCCUGGUUCAGAUAAGGGGCAUCAGGGGAAGAUUUCUGGAUUUUGUUACAGUUCACAUAGCUUGCAUCAGAGAAUGUCUCGGGAUGGAUUUACUGGUGAGAAUUCUGUAUCGAGGACUUCUAACUGCUCAGGGUCCAGCAUUAGUGACACAGUUAGAACUGCACCACAAUCACCUAAUUUUCCUGAUAGUGGAUGUUUCAGCCCCCCUGUGGUACAAGAUCAAUCAAAUGUACAUAGUUCUUGUGGACUCACUAGUUCACAGAGAGCUGUAUCGGCAGGAGACCUAGAUUCUAUCUCUCUUAAAUCAGGCAAAUCAAACUUAUCUGAUUUGAUUUUUGAGAAUGAUAAUGUUCACCGAACUGAAAAAUCCUCAAAUUCCGCUGCUCCAAGUUUCAUAGCCUUUUCUGAUGCUAUUAGUGCUCCAAAUCAAGCUAGCUUUGAUUCCAAAGCUUCUCAGGAACACCAUGUCACUACCAUAGAUCAAUCUGUAGAUCUAUUUUCAAAUACGCUUACUGAAACUCCAUCUGCUGAUAAGGUGAUACCAACAGCUCAUUCAAUGGACAAUGCUGGGUGGGCCACAUUUGAUACACCUCCAGAACAAAAGCAGCCUGCACUCACUGGGCUUUCUUAUGUUUCUGCUACAAGCAUCGAUAAACAAGCUCUUAAUCAUGAUUUGUUUUCAUCUGAAUCAAAUGAUGAGCUAACAUGGUUCCGGAGCUCUAAGGAUGAUGCUUCGGUUACCAAUCAUAAUCAGUCUACUGCUACAUCUCUUGAUACAUGCAGUUCUGAGCCUUGGAGUAUUUUCGAUGCCUCCAGUGGUAGUACCCAGUACACUGUCAAGGGAGAUCUAUCAUUAAUGACUUCUAGAUUGCAAGAGCCUAAAGGAACAAUGAACGAAAAUAGCUCUCAGCUUUGGCAUUCAUUUGAUGAUGCUAAUGGGAUCGUUUGUGCUCAGCCACGAAUUGAUGACCACAGCAAUACAGCAAGCAUUUCUCUAUCAACCAGCAAUCCAUUUGUGUGCUCUAUAGUUUUAAAGGAAUCUUAUGACGAUGAUUCCCACAAAGUAUUGAUGGGUGAAUUGACACCUAAUACAUUGAUUGCUGCUUCCUCAGAGCCAUCUCUGGGAGGACCCUCUACUGAGCAGAUGCCAUUAAAUCCAUUUGACCUUCCAUUUGACACUCAGUCGGGGACUCCUGAUCUGUUCAUGGACGUAAGUUCAUUGCAAGAGGCCUUGCCUAGCCCAGAUCUGCCAACCUUCCUUGAUGGUUUACCUGAAAGAUGGUUCUCCAGCAGCUCUUGUGCUUAUGUUCCAUCAGCGUCAGCGUCACAUGGUGGACUGCCGUGCCUUGUCGAGCGGGGCCCCAACUGUUCCUUGCUGAAUAUACCAGUUGGCACUUUAUCAGCUGGAAAUCCUUUUGUAUAGAGGGCAUCACAGUGAAAAUAAUCUGCGUCUUGGACUUGGCAUGUUCCUUUGGUUUGGUGAUCUUAGAGCUAGGAAUCUUUUCUGUGCGAACCGGGACACCUUGCAAGGUUACCAGAGGAGGUGGGGAAUAUGAUAGCGUCCCCAGGACCCACUGGAGGAAUGUUUAGUAAUUGUGAGUUUCUGAUGGAGGAAUGUGUGUAUUCUUUCUCGGUUCAUGUACUCUAGGACAUGAUUAUUCAGCACUACCGGGCAUCCUCCCGGUACAUUUCUUUCUGAUAGUUACAACGAUACAUGGCUUCAUCCAGUUAUUCAAGUUGUUCAGGUA